UACAGUUACUUGGAAAAUCAUGGCCCGGCUUGUGGAAUGUGUGCCAAAUUUUUCCAAUGGGCAAAGUAAAGAGGUUAUUGAUGCCAUUGCUGAUGCCAUUUCACGGACUGAUGGCUGCUCACUAUUGGACGUGGAUCCUGGUUCCUCCACCAAUCGGACCGUUUAUACGUUUGUUGGCUCUCCAGAAGCUGCCGUGGAAGGAGCACUAAGUGCUGCACAGGUGGCCUUCCAGCUCAUUGACAUGACGACACACAGAGGUGAACACCCCAGAUUAGGUGCUUUGGAUGUUUGUCCCUUCAUCCCAGUCCGGAAUGUUGGUAUGGAGGAUUGUGUUCAGUGUGCCAACGAAUUUGGGAAACGGCUUGCGGAGAAACUGCAAGUCCCUGUGUAUUUAUAUGGAGAAGCAGCUCGUGAUGAGCGUCGCAGAACAUUGCCCAGCAUUCGAGCUGGUGAAUAUGAAGGACUACAAGAAAAGCUGUGGAAUCCUGACUGGGCUCCGGAUUUUGGCAUGGCAACUUUCGUUCCACAGUGGGGGGCCACAGUAACUGGAGCACGAAAUUUCCUCAUUGCAUACAAUGUUAACUUGCUGAGCACGAAGGAGCAAGCUCAUCGCAUUGCUCUCAACAUCCGAGAGCAGGGUCGAGGGAAGGACCAGGAUUUGGACUUGCCCGUGGUGGGUUCCCAGAUUGUAGGCCUCAUCCCAUUGAAAGCCAUGUUGGAUGCUGCAGAAUUUUACAUGAAGAAGGAAAACUUAUUUAUUCUUGAGGAAGAGCACAAAGUCCGAUUGGUUAUAAGUCGCCUGGGACUGGAUUCUCUCACUCCUUUCAAUGCUAAAGAACGAAUAAUUGAGUACAUGGUGCAGGAUGAGAAAGAAGAGAACAGUCUGGUUUCCAAGCCUUUGCGGGAAUUUAUCCAAAGUGUUGGAGCACGGUCCGCAGCCCCUGGGGGAGGAUCUGUCACUGCAGCCGUGGCUGCAAUGGGUGCAGCCCUGGGCUCAAUGGUUGGACUGAUGACCUAUGGGAAGCGACAGUUUGAUCAUCUGGAUGGUCAAAUGAGGAGACUGAUCACUGCAUUCCAUCGCACAAUGAAAGAGCUUAUCACAAUGGUGGAUGAUGACUCCAACGCAUUCAACAGCUACAUGGCUGCCCUCAAGAUGCCCAAAUCAACUGCAGCUGAAAGAGGAAGGCGUGAAGCUGCAAUGCAAGAUGGCUUGAAGAAAGCUGUCAGCGUCCCUCUGUCCUUAGCAGAGAAAGUAAACAGUCUCUGGCCGGUCCUAAGGGAGAUGGCAACAUGUGGAAACCUGGCUUGCAAGUCAGAUCUGCAGGUUGCAGCUAAAGCCUUAGAGCUGGGAGUAUUUGGGGCCCAUUACAAUGUCAUCAUUAACCUCAAGGAUAUCAAAGAGAAAGAGUUCAACACCAAGGCUAGAAUGAGGGCCUGUGAUCUCCUGGAUCAGGCUAAACAGAACACGGUGCACGUCUUCGAGCUGAUUGACAAACGGGAAGAGUCAGGGAAAGAGUGA